UUACUGCGCAAAGUAUUUGCUUAUUUUGGGUGUUUUUCAAAGUGAGAUCUGUACAUCAAUUUCUGUCUUGGAUUCAUUGUUUGAAAGUAUCCAGAACAAGAAGGGUUUUUUUUUAUAUUUGCAACAUUUUUUUUGCAACUAAUAACAAAGCCAUAAGUUUAUAAUAUAUCAGUCAACCAGGGUUUAUUUGCACCUUCCAUGCAAACAAGCAUGACACUAAGUACGUCCCACGCUGGAAAUGGUCAAAGUAAAUAAAAUGAAAAUAGACAAAUAAAAUAAUUUACUGAGGAUAAAUUAGUGAGGAAAUAAAAAAAAAUAAAUGGAAAAACAAAAUAUAAUACGUAACAAAUUACUAACACAGAAAUGAAAAAUACUGAAAACAUCAAAAUAUCUGUCAUAAAAUGUAAGAUCAUUUAAAAUGCAGCACAAUGACACAGAUAAAAACAUACGAUUUGCUGAAAGCCUUUAUGGGAGAGCAGCAAUGCAAUUAAUACAUUGAAUGCUUUUUCCAAGGCACAUAGAUAUCAUAUAUUUUCCAUUCAUUCAAAUUAUUUCUACUUUGUCUGUUAAAGGAAAAAUAAAUGGGCAAGGUUAAAUAAUACCAGGUUGAAUUUUUUAAAGUACGUUCCACAUGUUUUUGUUGGUUCUGCAGAUGAGUGACGUGUCUACGGACGCCGUCACCCUGGAACUGCUAAGAGAAGCCAGGGAGACGGUGAGGAACAGCCCCCUGGGUGUCCUCAACACCCCCAUGAUCCCCUGGUGCCAGACCACGCUGCCAUUGAGCGUCAGCUGCAACGUCCACAUCAAGCUGGAAAACAUGCAGAAAACCGGGUCCUUUAAAAUCAGAGGAGUGGCCAAUCAAUUCUCCAGAAGACCGAGCGGUGGCCAUUUUGUGACCAUGUCAGCGGGGAACUAUGGGAAGUCCUUCGCCUACGCCUCGAAACACUACGGCUCCAAGGGGAAGGUGGUUAUGCCAGAAACGGCCCCGGAGUCCAGGGCCACCCUUAUCCAGACUUUUGGGGUGGAAGUAGAGCGAGUUCCCGGGGCCUCUCUGAUGAGUGCGGUGAACCGGUGCGUUCAGGAGGACAACAUGACCUUCCUGCACUCCUACGACGACCUGGAUCUAAUAGCCGGACACGCCAGCCUGGGCCUGGAGCUGCUGGAGGCGGUGCCGGACCCGGACGUGGUGGUGGUCUGCUGCGGUGGGGGCGGCCUGCUCGCCGGGGUUGCUGCUGCCGUCAAGCUCUCGGGGUGCGACACGACCAGGAUCUACGGCGUGGAACCAGAAGGGGCCUGUACGAUGUACCAAAGCUUUAUUGAGAAGAAGCCGGUGUGGAUGGAUACACACAGCAUCGCCUCUGGCCUUGCACCUCCUUCUGCAGGCCGGCUGCCCUUUGAGCUGUGUCGGCUCUACGUGGAGCAGAUCGUCCUGGUGAGCGACGACGAGAUCAGGGCGGCCGUCUCCGCCCUCUACCGAGCCGGGCUGGUGGUCGAGCCGUCGGGUUCCGCCGCCUUCGCCGCGCUCGUCAGCGACAAGAUUCCCGACCUGGAGGGGAAGACCGCCGUGUGCGUCCUCAGCGGAGGGAACGUCGGAAAAGACGAGCUGGCCAACUUUCCGGACUAAGACGCUCCGACUUGAUUUUUGGAUAAAUCUGAAAGCCGUUCCUUCACAUUUUUUCCUCAAUUCAAAAGGGAAAUGUUUUUCUUUUUUUUAUUUAUUUGUUUUUAGUCUUUUAACACAAAUGUUGGAACUAACACUGAAAACCAGCACCAUAAAUUUAGAGCAGAUGUAGUUGUUGACAAAAUUAGCUUGGUUAAAUUGAUUACAUUGUUUAUGAAGUGACUUUUUCUACUGAGUACCAGCACAAAUCACUAGUCAAAGACAAAGCCACUGAAUCUGGAAAAUAUUAAGAGAUUUUUCUAGACAUUUGGGCUUCAAGCUAGUUCAAAAUUCGCAGAGAGUAGUUUUUAGCUUUUGUGGAGUAAUUCUGUUUCUGAAUGCAAAGCCAAUAAACGCAAGAUUCAAAAUAAAUCUACGAUUCCUGAAAAAAAAAAAAAAAAAACCCCCGCUAGAUAUUCUUUAUUUUGUUUGGCUUUGGGAAAUGUAAGAGAGCCGGCUCAAUUGGCGUGCGUGAUUCAGCAGCUAUAACCUUUAAAUAUGGAACCCAUGGAAAAAAAAAUAAAAAUAGACAGACGGAAGUAAUUAAAGAUAGAUUCAUUUUUCUUUUCGUUUAUCUAAUGCAAGUCACGUUGAGCCAGACAUGGUCACGGACAUCAAAAUGUACUUUUCAUCUUUUCACAUAAACAUGCAAGGACAAAAAACAUCCUUAAGCGACGUUAGAAGGUUUCAGCCGAAUUUAACACAGGACUCGGAUCUCAAAACAGUUCAAAAAGAAGCAGAGAAAGACUGGAAACAGGAUCAUUUUUAAUGAUUUCAUAUUUAAAUCCCCCCCCCCACAAACUGCUUCCAGAAAACAGAACUGAAUAAAAACGAGUGAACUGUGACACAAUCUCCUGAACCCGGGAGAGUACGCAGUCAUAAACAGUAUUGAAAAUA